UCACAUCUGAUAACGACGAUAAAAUAUUUCCGAAAAUUCCUGUUGCUUUAUAAUUUAUUCCUUCCGAUUACGAACAAUUUUCUCGUGCAAACAAAGAAGAAUGUUUCGAAGGAUUUAAGUGAAAAGUGGGGAAUGGCAAUCAGGUGGGGAACUUCGACAAGUCACGCUCCACCACGUCUGGUAAUGGAAUUUUUAACGAGUGAUUAAAGCCAAUAAUUUUCUUCGCGCGGUUUCGUCUCUUGAGUGCUUUUUGUGAGUAAAGAUCACAGUUUGAAGUGUGUGUAAGGCGUAAGAAGCGCAAAAAAAAUAUUAAAUAUAAAAAGAGGUGGUUGAGAAUCGAGUUGAAGCAUAAAUUGAGUUUCCAUAAAUAAAUUUCCGACGAUUCGUCGAAUCGUGAGUUGUUGGAGGGAAAGAACGUAUCCGAACAAUGAUGGAACAGAAUGAAAUUGAUGGAGUUACACGGACUUACGCCGAGCCAUUCAAUAACACCUGCUUCACGAAAGAAGAAAACGCUGCGAACACAAUGGAGAGAGUUACGAUGCUGUUGACAGCGACAUUUCUUUCAACAAUCAUAUUUCUAGCUUGUGCUGGCAACAUUUUGGUUUGUGUGGCCAUUUACACAGAGCGAAGUUUACGACGAAUUGGAAAUCUAUUUUUAGCUUCACUCGCCAUAGCAGAUUUGUUUGUUUCGCUACUUGUGAUGACUUUCGCAAGUGUUAACGAUAUUUUAGGAUAUUGGAUUUUUGGUGCUGAAUUCUGUGACACUUGGAUAGCAUUCGACGUGAUGUGUUCGACAUCUUCCAUUUUAAACUUGUGCGCCAUAUCAUUGGAUCGCUACAUACACAUCAAGGAUCCCCUAAGAUACACGCGUUGGGUGACACGUUAUGUCGUUGUUGUGACAAUUGGGGCAAUUUGGAUACUUGCGGCUUUUGUAUCGUUUGUUCCUAUUUCGUUAGGCUUACAUCGUCCCAACGAGCCGUUAUUUAUCGAAGUGAGAGACGGAAAAGAGUAUCCAACAUGUGCGCUAGAUCUAACGCCAACAUAUGCUGUAGUUUCAAGCUGUAUCAGCUUUUAUGUUCCUUGCAUUGUUUUAGUUGCGAUUUACUGCAGAUUAUAUUGCUAUGCACAAAAGCAUGUUCGCUCCAUUCGAGCUGUAACGAGAACAUCAAGCAAUGAUGAAUCACAGCAACGUAUCAGCCAGCAUCAACAGACUCGUCGUUUUGUUGGCAAAAAGAAAUUCAUCAAACGAUCUCCCCAUCAAUUAGCCGCGUAUAAUACAUCAGAUCGUAAAGCAGCUGUCACAGUGGGAGUUAUUCUCUCAGUUUUUCUUGUUUGUUGGAUGCCGUUCUUCUGUGUCAAUAUAAUCGCAGCCUUUUGUAAGACAUGCAUCGGUGAAACAACAUUCAAGAUUCUUUCCUGGCUCGGAUACUCAAACUCAGCGUUUAAUCCAAUUAUUUACAGCAUCUUCAACACAGAGUUUAGGAAAGCAUUUAAACGCAUUCUACUCAGACGCCAAUGGCCAAAAUUGCUAUGCUGUUGUAGCUUUCAAAACGAUUAUUAUUUAAAUAGUAGCAAUGAUAGCAAAUUUAUUACCAACUACGAUGGUCGAUGUAUGCACUCAACAACAGAUGUUGAACAACUUUCGGCCAUAUAA